AUGUUUGAUGGUGGCCAUAGAGGAGCUUACGCUUCAGAGGCAGCAGCAUCCGCAGGUUACGAUGACGGAGGUGGCCAUCAGGUGGAUGAGGGGAAGGGGAGGCAGGUGGAGGACAGACCCGCGGCUACCGCCGGUCCAAGUGGAAAAGAAUCUGAUUGUCAGGCACCAAAUACGGAGCGUUUGCAGGCACUGCAACAGUGGCUUCAAACAACCAAUACAAAGCUGACACAAGUUAAUGGACAGCGCAAGUACGGGGGGCCACCUGAUGGGUGGAAUGGUCCAGACCCGGGAUCCAACUGUGAGGUUUUCAUCAACCGCAUCCCUCGGAAUACCUACGAGGACCUAUUGAUUCCCCUUUUCAGCUCCGUGGGGCCACUGUGGGAGUUUCGACUGAUGAUGAACUUCAGUGGGCAGAACCGCGGUUUCGCCUAUGCCAAAUAUGGCUCAUCGGAGGUCGCUAAAAAAGCAAUACAUAUGCUACAUGGUCACAUGCUGGAGCCAGGCGUGCAUCUUUUGGUGUACCAUAGCACCGAGAAGAAGCAGCUCUGCAUCGCUGAGUUACCAGUUUUCACCCAGGAAGAUCAGCUUCUUCAGGUACUGCGGAGAAUUGCAGAAGGUGUUGAGACGCUCUGUCUCAAGGCUCAACCCCAACGAGAGACUGUGUUAGCUGUCAUUGACUUCUCAUCUCACCAUGCUGCUUCUAUGGCUAAGAAGAUGCUAGUGGAAGCAUUUAGGAAGCUGUAUGGCUUAAGAAUCUCCGUCAAGUGGUACUCCCAAAUGCAACCACGCUGGGAUGAAAUGCUUUUUCGUCCGAACAACUCAUUGGGAGCUGUGCGAGUGCCCUACGCUCCAAAUCCGCAUGCCUGGCCAGUAACCUCUGCAGCCUCUUCCCUCGGGAAUAUUUGUGCUGCGAUUGGAAUUGGUGCACCACAGUUUGAGUUCAACUUAAACCACAUUUGCCGUGAAGGAUACUUAUACUUCAGCUUCAAGGUUUGUAUCCCAGGCACAGGCAUGGUCUUCCAAGGGCAGCUGGGGCUCUUGCCCGGACCCACCGAAGCUGCCACAAUGGAGAAGGUUCAAGAGCUUGCAGCUCAGCAUGUCUUGCGGUCUUUAAAUCCUGAGUAG